CACUAUACCAGCCCAUCUAACGUUUUACAGUCGCACUUAAGUGUCUUUUUAUUGAAAUAAUAAAAUAAACAUGUCGCUAACGAAUUAUUAUUCCAUGAUGGGGAUCCAGACUGAGGAGCCGUACGGUGCACAUUUCAUCCCGGGAGGCUUGCAGGGUUCGACGGCCGGCUGCGCAAAGCCAGCCCGGAGAGCGGAGGAUGAGGAGGGGACCCCCGGUUCACACAUUCCAGAUUUUUCACAUUUUUCGAACAAACACACGAGCUUAAACGGCUUUUCUCCCUGGGCAAACAACUCUACUUCAUCUUCGCCCUCCUCUCCGCAGCUGCAGUCCACCCCCGGUCUUUUUCACCCACAUCACCUCCUGAGCCACCACCACCCAUACUACGGCCCGCAGACGCAGACCCACACCGAACACCUCUCAUCCGCGGCCGCUUCCGAGGGCAGGUUCGUCCGCUGUUGGGAGGGGGCAACUCCCACUUCGGAGACUUCUCUGUCACAUGCGCCGGUCAUUUUCCCCGGGUGUGUCCCCGCUCAGGGUGACCUUUCCAACGUGAGCCCGAGGUAUGAGGCGGUUAAACCCGAGAGUUCACCGCCGUCACAUGACAGCCCCGAAGAUUCCAGCUUCGCCAGCCCGACUGAGGUGGUCCUCGAGCGGCUUGGCACGGCGAAGGAGCUGGGAAGGAAACCGGAGCCCAAAAAAGUGGACGAGGAGAGAAAAGCAAAGCAACAGCUCGACACGGAAAAUCCGGCAGCCAGUUGGAUCUAUGCCAAGUCCACCCGGAAGAAAAGGUGUCCAUACACCAAACACCAGACCCUGGAGCUGGAGAAAGAGUUUCUCUACAACAUGUACCUGACCAGGGACCGGCGCCUGGAGGUGGCAGGACUCUUAAAUCUGACAGAGAGGCAGGUUAAAAUCUGGUUCCAGAACCGACGGAUGAAGAUGAAGAAGCUGAUGAUUCGGGAGAGGAGGAGUAUGAAUGAAUGAUGGAUUUGGAGAAGAGGCCGGGGAUGGUUUUUUUGUCUUUAUUUCAGAAUAGGCGAGGAGGUGGAGAUGUUAUCUCUGAUAAAAGAAACGCAGUGCUCCAACAUGCCCAACAUCUUGAGCAGCUGUUACUAAGCAACGGAAUGUAAAGCUAUAACAUGGCUGCCCAUGAAUACUGCAGUGGUGAAACUCUGCAGGGGAGACCAGGAUGUGUUGUAACACUUUUAC